AUGGAGGACGUAAGUCAAGAAUCUACCAUACCGGAGGUACCGUCCGUCGGUGGCGAUGAAACGCGGCUAAACGGUGAGAUGAACGCGACCGAGGAGCUGGAGGUGGAGCAACCGGAGCGACUGUUGGGUCAGGAUGUUGACUCCACCAAAUCUUCCAUGGAGAGCUCCUUCACCGUGACCGACUGCAACUGUUCGUCGUUGAUCGAGCGCACGGAAAAGCUGGACGCGAAUGAGUUGCAGCUGGACGCGAAGGUGACCGAACUGAUCGAGGAUCUCAUCAAGCCGCACGAGCAGGAACGGGCCGGCGGUGGUGCGGGGGCAGGUUGCGAGGAAAAGUUUAAAGCUCUCACGAUCAACGAUGAGGUGGAGAGCGUAGCCAACAGCGGCAAGGGAACGGUGACGGUGGUCGGCAGUGGGGAUGGCAGUGAUAGUGGGGUAGAAUUCGGCGCAGGAUCCGGUUCCCUCACCGACACCGGGGUGCUGCAACGUGCACUGAGCAACAAUAGUGCCGGUUACGCAAGUAGCUGUUGCGGUUUGGAUGGCGAACCGACCGGAAUGAGCAUGUCGUGCAAUUCGAGCAUGAUAAGUUACAGCUCGGAUAUCUACGACAAAACGGGCAAUACUGUGCUGUGCGGACGGCUGAGCACGGAUUACUGUGCGAGCGAGGGAGGUAGCGAAAGUUCUUCCGUGACCGGUGGACCAGUGAGCUCGCUGCGUAAGGCCGGGGCCGCAAUCAAGAAGAAGGUGGCAGUGAAGGAGCCACCCUCGAAUCGCUCGCCGAGAAAAUCGACCGAGAGCGUGUCGAGCAGUGGACGGAGUAGCUCCCGGUCGCGAGGCUCUUCGUUGGGCCGUUCGGUGUCGCUAAAUUUGAAAGCGAUCCCGGCAUCGGCCGCGAACGUUGCCGCUGCGGCGGCCGCUAGAGAACGGGCUCGGUCGAGAGAUAAAUCCGCUUCCUCCACCGGCGUUUGUGCCGGGGUUCCUUCCAACUCCAUGUCGGCCAGCACGAAUCGCAUUCUUCAAACUCCAACCAAACCGAUGCCACCUCCGAGACGACCAGUAAAACCAGACUCCCUUCCAACGGGCAUCAAGGACUCGCCGUCCGGUCAGCGAGUAACUGUGUCGCGCACUCCAUCCAUUACCCGAGGUCGCACACCUCUGGGAACGCCGACGGAUGAUGGUCGGUGGCCGUCGGUGGGUGGUAAGGGCGGCAUCAGCUGCAGCGGUGGCAAUACGACACCCCGUUCCAUGCGAGCGAGUUCCGCUGCGCCGGAUGGAGUCAUGUCUAUUAAAACUCGCAUCGGACCUUUAUCGUUGGAUGGUGGUAAAGGAGGAAGCGGUGGUGCGCCGAUGAGUUUACCCAGUGGGGUGGAUAAGUUUGCCACCCUUCCCCGACGACGAAAAGAACGCUCGGCUGAAGAUUUGAAGGCUAGCCUCGUUGGGGGUGGAUCCGGUUCGCGCAGCAACUCUGUGACGCGCGAUCAAGCUUCCAAUCGUAUGGCAAUGUCGCUGUUCAAAAAGCUGCCCCCCAACACCAAAACGGAUCGUGAACUGAACAGCACGAACAAAAUGUCCUCGCUGUCAGCUUCGUCGCAUCCCCGGUUGGCAUCGUCGACGAAGAAAUUGGCACAGAAAACAAAGAUCUACCAUGAGACGAGCGUCCAGACGGCCAUCACCUGCAAGGAUGUGGAGGAUGCGUUCGGGGGCAAUGCGCGCAAUGUACGCAUCGAUGCCGUCGAGAUGGUGAGCAAACAAACACAGUCCGACAUACGCGACAAGGAGAUGGAGCGGUUGGAGGAGAAGCUGAAGAAGGUGACGGGCGAGUAUACGUCGCUCAUGUCGAAGCUGUCUGAGAAAUCGCAGAUGGUGACGUCGCUGGAGCAGAAGCUGUUGGUCGAGCGCGAAGAAAAGCUGGCCGCACAGAAAGAACUCCAAAACAAUACGGAUCGCGUGCUGGGAAUGCUGGAAUCGAUGCAGGCCAUUCCCAGCAGCAACGACACGGAAGAGUGUGAUAGUUUACUGAUGCUGGAAUCACAGCUGCAACUGUCCGGUACAGUGCUGGAGAAAAAGCAGGAGGAAAUCGUACGUCUGCAGACGAUCUGCCGUGCGCUACAGAUCGACAUGGAGCGAUCGCUCAAGAACCAGGAAGAGCUGUUGCGCCAGAAGACUGAGCUUGAGGAGGAAUCGAGCGAAAUGCAGGACUUUUUGCAGGUGGAGAAACAAUCGUGCAUGGAUGCGUUGAAGGAGGCCGAGCAGGAGGUUAGCAUGCUGCGGCAGAGUUUACUCCUGAAGGAGAGCAACAUUGAUCGGCAGCAGGAAGAAUGUCGUCAUCUAGUCCGUAUAGCUGAACAGAGGAGACAAGAAUAUUUGGGAAUGCAAGCAAAGUACAAUGCGCUGGAGAGUCGUUCCAAGGACAUUCUGCUACAACAGGGAGCUGCCGUGUCCGGGGCGUCCGUUGCGCUCUCGGGACUGGGCUCGCGGCUAGACAAUCUGGUCGAACAGUUGAUAGCCUCGUAUAACAUCUCAGAACAAGAUCUCGAGGACGUAAUCUACCACAACGAAGCGUACACAAAUAGCGCUAGUAGUGGGGAUGGUAGUCCGGAAUAUGAGCAAACUGCUGACGCUUACUCGGGUAAACAGCAUCCGCAUUCGCAGCAGCAGUACCAUCAGCAACAAGCCUCAGAUUUACAUUCGACGACAGCGAAGGCAAAGGCUGCCAGCGAUGGAUGCGCCGUGCCGCUUUCUCCACAGCGUGGCCAAUCGUUCAUAGCGGCAGUCAUUAGUGCUAUCAAGAAUGCGACCAGUAAAACGGCCACCACCAAGUCAACUGCACCCACCACGAAUGGUGCAAAUGCUGCGAACAAAGAGUGUCGAGAAAAUAAUGGCCAUGAAUCAGAUUCAACGGAGAUGCUCGAUUCGGAAACGGAACCGUGCCUAAUGAUGGACAAUGUAUUGGAGGAUGUCACGAUGCCGGAUUCGCAUUCCCACAACAUGGUUUCGUCGUCUACGCGCAUCUCGCAGAUCGAGAUGCCAUCGUCGCUGGAGAGUGGAGUCGGAGCGAACAGUAACGUCAUGACGAUGGCACACGAUGAAUCGCUCGAUAACCUUUCGCAGGCCAUCGCUAACCGGCAGCAGAUUGAGCUGCAGUCGAACAUGAUCGCUAGUGGACGCUCGUCCCGAUUCCAUCACUCGGUCAGUAGUAAUGAUCAGCAGCAGCAAGCACGCAAUACGGCGUCAGCGGUAACAUCAGCUGCGGCCGCCGUAACGACAGCACCGGACCAUACAACCGCUAGCCAUUCUUCGUCGCUGGACGACGAGGAGAACAGUUGCUGCGGUGAGGCGUCCAUGGCCGAAAUGCCUUCCAUCUGCGAGUACUGCAAUGCGCAAUCGUUGGUAGAUCAAGUGAUCGAUGUGGACAAUCUGAUCACGAAGCUGCUGAAGGUCCUGAGGAUCGUCCAGAUGGAUAACGAUCAUUGCAUACAGGAACUGAUCAACCAUAAGAAUAAACUGGCAAUCUCAAACGAAGAGAUUCAGGAUCGUGUGAAGGAGUACGAGGAGCUAAACUAUAAGUUACAGGAUGAUCUGAAGGAUGCCUAUCAUCAGCUGCAGGUGCGAGGAAGUGAACUGAACAGCAACAAGGUGGAGUUGCUUAAGCACCGUAAAGAAAUUGACAAAUUGAAUGAAGAUAUUUGUCAGUUGAGCACACUGUGCAGUGAUAGCAAGCAGGCAAAGAAGAUUGUGGUUGAUCGUGAGGAGAUUUUGAGCGCAUUUAAGCUUUGCAACGAGGAUGGUGUAGUGCCGGAGCAAGAACUGUCCCAAUUUAUCGUACAAGCAUGCACUGAGAUCCCAAAACUAAAGGCAAAGCUGUACGAAAAAGAGCAGCAGUUAGCAACCAUGGUAAGCAAUGCUACAAAUGGGGCCAAUCUCGUGAUGACUGCCAGCUGGCACCAAGCGUUGAACGAAGCGAAGCGUCAAUACGAGGCAAUCGAUCGCGCAUUGGAGACAUUGGACAGCGUAAAGUCGAUAGUGCAGCAAACGCCCGCCUUGAUGGAACUGCAGCGCGACCUUGAGGAAACGAACUUUGCCUCUGCGUCCAGCUUCCCGCUAGUAACGGCAGCUCAGCUUAAUCAACUAAACUGUGGCCAGGUCGGUACGAACGGCAACGGAGCCGGUGUAGUGAACGGCAACGGUAUUAUUGAUUUGAAUGCUAACGAAACGACGCUCGCCAAUGAGGCGGGAAGUGUUGUUGCAGCUGAUCCGAGCUGUUACAUUGAUUCGACUGCUUAA